AUGACCGAUCCAAAGAGGGGGCGUGUACAAUGGGAUGAAGCUAAUAUAGAGGAAAUCGAAUCAAACAAACCUGUGAGGCAGAAGAUUACUGAGCCAAAGACACCGUACCAUCCGAUGAUUGAUGAUGAUGAUGGCUCUCUGUCUCCUAGAGGAAGAACGUUUGACGAAUGCGUUGAUGAGAUGGAACGUGAGGAAGAAGUGAGGAACGUUCUGAACGAUGAAGCGGCAGCUUCUUCCAGUAGAAAUACUCGUCAGGGGUCUGCUUCUGGUGGCUGGAGCUCGUCUGAGGAUGAAGAAGAUCCCAUGGAUCAAGAUGAUCAAGGUCCCAAAGGUGGGAAAAAUUCACGUUUCAACGAACACAGAAGAGUGCAUUACGAUGAGUUUCGGAAGGUGAAGGAGCUGAGAUCGUCGGGAUCCUUCUAUGAAGAAGAAGAGGAAGAAGACGACGGCGCGAAAGGCGGUAAAUCGGAGGCAACGACCUCACGGCACACUAAAGGCGUAAACAAAGAGGUAGAUGCAUCAGCCACCAAGUCAUCUUCUUCCUCGAGUUGA